CUCCUUUCUUGUCAUGCCGUAGCCUCAACUCUCAACAGUACACUCGAGAAGCUUUAUCCAGCACGAGUCGGAACAAGAAAUUCCCCGUCCAAGCUCUUGACAAUCUGAAAAUCCUGUGGCACGAGGAAACAAGGGUCGUCCUUAGGUCGUUGUGGGGAUGGCUUCUUUGUCAACCGCCUGGUCGUGUUUCGUUGUGGCAGGUAGCGGAUUGAGGCGUGCGGUCAAAGCUGAUGGUGAUGAUCCCGGGAAGCCAAAUUCCAAUUACUUGCAGACAUCAUUUCUGGGCUCAUUUCCUGCCAGAGUUGCACAAGUUAGAGGUGGCUCAAGUAGUUCUCGUAGGCGGGGGCCUUCAGUACCUUUUGUAAAGUGCGAGAACGCCCAGAAGGAUGAGUUUGAAAAUGUAUCCGUCGAGCGUCCUCCAUACUAUAGUUACCUGGACUCCACAUCUGGGCAGCUUGAACCAGCUUCUGGUGCUCGUGCUGCUAUCCCUGGAGAGGAGUACUGGCCAGAAGGAACUGCUAGCCGUGUCAGGGCUGCAAGGGCUCCUGAGCCAACUGGAAAAUCUUUAGGCUCUCCAUCUUAUGGGAAAAGUCCGGGAAGCAGGAGGAAGAAAUACAAAACAUCAGUUGCUGCUUCUGAAUCUGCUGGAGGCCAUUCGCGAUCAAAUGAUUUACUUGUCCCAGAAGCUGCAUCUGGAUCAUCUCAGACCGAUCUCAUACUGUCUGAUUCGGAGACACCCGAGACUUCCGACGAUGCUACGGAGGAGCAUAAAGAUAGCUCAACUGAGUAUGUUGUUUAUCAAACAGAACCUGAGGAAGAAGAGACUGGGUAUGAUUUAGACAAAAAGCUAGGGCGUCCCCACUCUUUCAUCAAUCCGAAAGUGAGGAAGCCGAUAGAGGAGCCACUUACAAGUGAAGAAUUAUGGUGGAACUGGAGGAAGCCAGAUAAGGAACAGUGGUCUAGAUGGCAAAGGAGGCGGCCUGAUGUUGAAACGGUUUUCCUAAAAGCAAUGGCAGAGACUGGACAAGUAAAGCUUUACGGGGAUCAUCCAACAUUGACUGAGACAUCUUUAUAUAGAGCCAGACGGCAUCUAUUCAAGGAAGAAAGGCUUCAAGCUGAACAGGAUAGACUGGAAGAAAUAGGUCCAUUAGCGUACUACUCAGAAUGGGUAUCAGCUUGGAAGCAAGACACUUCGCGUGAAGCCGUUCAAAAGCAUUUUGAAGAAACUGGUGAAGAUGAAAACACUCAACUUAUUGAAAUGUUUCAGCACCAGACUGAUCGAGAAUAUCGCAUUAUGAUGGGUACUGAUAUGCGCAUUCCGAGGGAUCCUCUUGCAAUGCGUAUGAGAGAGGAUCAAAUCAAACAAAUUUGGGGUGGAGAUCCAGUAUAUCCUACCAUAAAUUAUAUUCAGGAUCCGAAUGAAAUUAUUGAUUACAGAGGUCCAGAUUUUCACGAACCAACUCCCAAUAUGUUGGCUCAUCUGAAGGAGCAAGGCAAGAUAAUAUCAAGGGAGGAGCUUGAGAAAAUUCUGGCAAAGGAGAAAACGGAGGAAAUUGAGAUAACAGACAUGGAUGAAGCGAUGGCACGGGCUGUCGACAUCGGGGAAAAUGAUGAAGGAGAAGACAGCGAAAUUGAGGGUGAGCAAGAGCAGGAGAAAAUAACACGCAACUGGAGUGUUUUGAAAAGCACCCCCGAGCUCAGCAAGUCGAAGGACAAAAAGCCAAAAAUGGAUGGUCGCAUGUCGUUGGAACAGGCCGUAGAGGAUUCCGAGAAUCUUACAGAUUUUCUCUUAGAUUUUGAAGAAGAUGAAUGAACCUUCCCGUAAGGAAGAACCCCUUCCCCUCACUACCUACACGAGUCCGAUCGGCACUCUCGCCCAGCAUACCAUCGCCGUCGAUCAUGAAUUCAAUCUCAGUCAAACAGGAACUCAGUGGUGGAAGAGUGGAGAGCAUUGCGUGCUUCCGAAACUUCUCUGUAGCACAUUUGGGGCUGUGCUUGUGGAACUUGUUGCCAGAGGACGUCGACCUCUUGAAAUUCAAAAUUGCUGAGGGAUUAGUGCAUUCUUGCGUCUAUCUUGGUGUCCAUCACACAGCAGUGGACUUGCAAUUUCAUAAUCGCUCGUAUGUCCUGCAGUUAAAAUGCAGUUAAUUUGUCACCUUUUCCCAAACACCUUGAUGCAGGUCUAAGCCUUUCGUUCCCCUAA